UCCCAGAGGGCCGCGCGCCGGCCGCUCGUCGGCGCUGUCAUGGCGGGGCUGCUCAAGAAGACCACUGGCCUGGUGGGAUUGGCGGUAUGUGAGACCCCCCAAGAGAGACUAAGAAUAUUAUACACAAAGAUCCUUGAUGUUCUUGAUCAAAUCCCUAAAAAUGCGGCAUAUAGAAAGUAUACAGAAGAGAUUACAAAUGAGAAGCUGAAUAUGGUUAAAAUGGAAUCUGAUGUUAAAAGAUUAGAAGCCCAACUUCAGGGUGGACAAAUUGAGGAAGUGAUUUUACAGGCGGAAAAGGAACUAAGUCUGGCGAGGAAAAUGAUCCAGUGGAAACCGUGGGAGCCUUUAGUGGAAGAGGCCCCUGCCGAUCAGUGGAAAUGGCCAAUAUAACCCUCCUUGUGUGAUUUUACUGUGCUGACGGGAAACUGGUAUAAUAAAAUAUUCUGUUAUAUGA